UACCUCUCCCAAGCAUUCUCAACUUCACACUUCAUCCAAGAUGUCCUCUGUUCUCUUCUUUUUCCUUUCUUUCCUUUGCUUUCCUUUUACCAGGAGCCCAGCAUUUGCUGAAAAACUGCCUCCUUUUGCAUGUGAUAUUGCUAGGCAUAAGGAGUUGGCGAGUUUUAGGUUCUGCAACGCGUCGCUGGGGGUGGAGGAGAGGGUCUCUGACUUGGUGGGGAGGCUCACAUUGUCGGAGAAAAUUGGUUUUUUGGUGAAUUCUAAUGAAAACGUUAGCCGGUUGGGAAUACCCCAAUACCAGUGGUGGUCUGAGGCUCUACAUGGAGUUGCAACUGGUGGUGCAACGAAUUUUGACGGCGUGAUUAAGGGCGCCACCAGCUUUCCGCAGGUCAUUUUGACAGCAGCUACCUUCAAUAUUUCUCUGUUUGAAGAAAUUGGAAGGGUAGUGUCAACAGAAGCUAGGGCAAUGUACAUUGUUGCACAAACAGGGCUUACAUUUUGGGCUCCAAAUGUAAACAUAUUUCGAGACCCUAGAUGGGGAAGAGGGCAAGAAACCCCAGGUGAAGAUCCUCUGCUCUCCAGUAGAUAUGCCGUUGCAUUUGUGAAAGGUCUGCAGCAAAUGGACAAUGGAGACCCAAAUCUUCUCAAAAUGGCAGCAUGCUGCAAACAUUACACCGCCUAUGAUUUGGAAUCUUGGAGAGGAAUUGAACGUUACUCCUUCAAUGCUGUGGUAACAAGGCAAGACAUGGAGGAUACAUUUCAACCACCAUUCAAGAGCUGUGUAAUAGAUGGGAAUGUGGCAAGUGUCAUGUGUUCUUACAAUCAAGUUAAUGGAAAGCCAGCUUGUGGAGAUCCACAUCUCCUUGGAGGAGUAAUCCGGGGUCAAUGGAAAUUGAAUGGAUAUAUUGUUUCUGAUUGUGACUCUGUAUCUGUGCUCUACUCUUCCCAAAACUAUACCAAGACACCAGAGGAAGCUGUCGCGGUAGCCAUUUUGUCAGGGUUAGAUUUAGAUUGUGGAACCUUUGUCUCCGAACACGCUGAGGCUGCACUGAAACAAGGAUUGAUAAAAGAGUCUGACAUUGAUAAAGCCCUCUAUAACAGCUUCGCCACCUUGAUGCGGGUCGGUUUCUUUAAUGGUGAUCCGAGACAUGGACCCUACGGAAAGCUUGGUCCAAAAGAUGUGUGUACUCCAGAGAACCAAGACUUGGCCCGUGAAGCUGCAAGGCAAGGUAUAGUACUGCUAAAGAACAGUGAAGGUUCAUUACCUCUAUCCUCCACCGCCAUCAAAACCUUGGCAGUUAUUGGACCAAAUGCGAAUGCCAGCGAAACCAUGCUUGGAGACUACAAAGGCGUUCCGUGCAACUAUAUAACUCCUUUACAAGGCCUGUCAGCCUUAGUCACAACAACUUAUCAGCCUGGCUGCUCUAAUGUGACAUGCAACACUGUACAGUUAGAUGAAGCAAAGAAGAUUGCUGCCUCAGCAGAUGCCACCGUGCUUGUCAUGGGUGAAGAUCAAUCUAUCGAGACCGAGGGCCUUGACAGGGAUAAUCUUUUAUUGCCAGGGAAUCAAACACUUCUAGUAACGGAAGUCGCAAAAGUCGCAAAAGGACCGGUUAUUCUUCUUAUAAUGUCAGGAGGAGGUUUUGACAUAACAUUUGCCAAGAAUGAUGACAAGAUCACAAGUAUACUUUGGGUUGGUUAUCCUGGUGAGGCUGGUGGUGGUGCCAUUGCCGAUAUUAUUUUUGGGUAUUAUAAUCCAUGUGGAAGAUUGCCGAUAACAUGGUAUCCACAAUCAUUUGUGGACAAGGUUCCGAUGACGAUCAUGAACAUGAGACCAGAUCUUUUACGUGGCUAUCCUGGUAGGAGUUAUAGAUUUUACACCGGGGAGACCGUCUAUCCGUUUGGAUAUGGACUGAGCUACUCAAAAUUCAGUUAUCAAUUGCUAAAGGCACCAAAAUUGGUGUCGAUACCCUUGGAAGACAAUCAUGCAUGUCGCUUGUCUGAAUGCAUAUCCAUCGACGCUACUGAACAGAAUUGUCAAAACUUAGCUUUUGACAUACACAUCAAAGUUCAAAACACUGGAAUGAGUGGAAGUCAUACAAUUCUCUUGUUUUCUACUCCACCUUCCGUGCAUAACUCUCCAAAGAAGCAGUUAUUGGGCUUUGAGAAGGUGUUCUUGAAUGGAGAAACAGGAGCACUUGUGAGAUUUAAGGUGGAUGCUUGUAGGGAUUUGAGUGUGACUGAUGAAGUUGGGGAAAGAAAAAUUGCUUUAGGAAAGCAUGAGCUUCAUGUUGGAAGCUUGAAGCAUUCAUUGGUUGAUGGGUCAGUGAAGGAUAUUGUUUAUUUGGAUGGGGAUGUUUGGCAGUGGAAGAUGGAGUGGAGGAAAGCUUGUAUGGGUAGGGAAGUGGCCCGAUUCUGCUCUUCUUCUCCUUUCUUCCCGCUGCAGCCAAAAAAAAAGAGGAACCCAGCCAUGCUUGAGAAACCGGUGAGAAAGCUUGGAGAUUUCUCCUUCCUUCUUGCUCUAGAACCUGAAUUGGAACCCAGAAAUUCUCCCCCUGCAUGAAGCUUUCGGAUCUGCCUUGCUCUGCUCCUCACCGCCGGCUGCUCCUGCUUUGUGGGGGCGAAUUGCUUGGGUUUUGGGUAAGAAACAGCCAUUAAAUCCCUUUGUUUUUCCUUGAAUUGGCUUGGGUUUACGUUAAUUGCUCUUAUUUCCUCCAAUUUUUGGGAAACCCGUGAGUUCCC